AUGGGUCUAGCAGACACCAUCCAAGAAAAUAAUCAAGCAUCGAAUCAACACCGUGCUAAGACGAUGAUAUUUCUCCGUCAUCACCUUGAUGAGGGUUUGAAAAUGGACUAUCUCACUGUUAAGGAUCCUCUGGUGUUGUGGAACAAUUUAAAAGAUAGAUAUGACCACCUGAAGUUGGUUGUCCUUCCACAGGCACGUUAUGACUGGAUCCACUUGAGACUUCAAGAUAUUAAAUCUAUCAGUGAGUAUAACUCUUCCAUGUUUAAAAUUAUCUCACAAUUAAAAUUAUGUGGAGAAAAUAUCACUGACCAUGAUAUGCUAGAGAAAACGUUUUCCACUUUCCCUGCCUCGAGUAUGCUUCUGCAGCAGCAAUACCGAGAAAUGGGAUUUAAAAAAUAUUCUGAAUUAAUUUCACAUCUCCUUGUUGCUGAACAACAUAAUGACUUACUGAUGAAAAACCAUGAAAGUCGACCUACUGGUUCUAUGCCAUUUCCUGAAGUAAAUACGGCAAACUUUCACUAA